GACACUUCUCAUCAGAAGCAGAAACAGAAACAGAAACAAACCCUUUAUUUACCCUUAUCACCAGAUAAAAAAGAUUUAAUCUUUACCAUCUUUUUGUUCAUUAGUGAUUGAAUAAUCAUAUAUAUAAACUAAGGGUUUUUCCUCUUUUGCUCUAUCUCUGAACAACCCAUUUAACACAGCAGCCUCCACCAUUAUCAUCAUCUUCUACCACCUUAUCUUUCUAUGUUCUCCUCUUGAAAACCCAAAGAAAAAAGGGGCUUCUUUGUUCUUCUUUUUUUUCUUCCUUGGUGAGGGAACAUGGAAGCAGUAUUAACAAAGGGGCUUCUUUCUUUACCUUUAAAUCCUAAAACAAGGGUUUUCAACCAACAAAAUGGUCUUAGAAAUCGAUUAAACAUUGAAAAAACUAGAGCUCUUAAUGGGUUUAGUUCUUUAUCUUGUGGUAUUGGUGGCGAAGGGUUCCAGAAAUUUCAAGCUAUUAAUGGGGUUUACAAAAAAGAGAGGAAAUUGAAGGUUUCUUGUUCAGCUGCUUCUGCUGCUGCAGCUGAUGGAGGUGCUGGUUAUAUUGAAGAUGUGAAUAAUAACAAUACCCCAAAGCUAUUAGGUGUUGAGAUUGCAACACUUAAGAAGAUUAUCCCACUUGGGUUGAUGUUCUUUUGUAUUCUCUUCAACUAUACAAUUUUGAGAGAUACUAAAGAUGUCUUGGUUGUUACAGCUAAAGGAAGCAGUGCUGAGAUUAUUCCAUUUUUAAAGACUUGGGUUAAUUUGCCUAUGGCUAUUGGAUUCAUGGUUUUAUACACCAAGCUUUCUAAUGUCUUGUCAAAACAAGCUCUUUUCUAUACUGUUAUGGUUCCAUUCAUUGCCUUUUUUGGGGCAUUUGGGUUUGUUCUGUAUCCUCUCAGCAAUGUGUUUCACCCUACUGCACUUGCAGAUAAGCUAUUAGCUUCUCUAGGGCCUAGUUUCCUUGGUCCUGUUGCAAUUCUCAGGAUUUGGAGUUUCUGUUUGUUCUAUGUCAUGGCUGAGCUCUGGGGAAGUGUUGUGGUUUCAGUUUUGUUUUGGGGGUUUGCUAACCAGAUAACAACUGUCGACGAAGCCAAGAAAUUCUAUCCACUGUUCGGACUUGGAGCAAAUGUCGCCCUUAUUUUCUCGGGACGAACUGUCAAGUACUUCUCUAACCUGAGGAAAAAUUUGGGACCUGGAGUUGAUGGUUGGGCUGUUUCCCUGAAAGGAAUGAUGACUAUUGUUGUCUGCAUGGGGCUUGCAAUCUGUGGUAUCUAUUGGUGGGUUAACACUUUUGUGCCUCUUCCAACACGUAGCAGCAAGAAGAAGGCUAAGCCUAAGAUGGGUACAAUGGAAAGUAUUAAGUUCCUUGUAUCAUCAAGAUAUAUCAGGGAUCUUGCAACAUUGGUGGUUGCAUAUGGUAUCAGCAUCAACCUUGUCGAGGUCACAUGGAAAUCAAAGCUUAAGGCUCAGUUUCCAAGCCCGAACGAGUAUUCCGCUUUCAUGGGUGAUUUCUCAACUGCAACUGGAAUAGCAACUUUCUCAAUGAUGUUGCUCAGCCAAUGGAUUUUCAACAAAUAUGGAUGGGGAGUUGCAGCCAAGAUUACACCCACAGUUCUUCUCCUCACAGGAGUUGGAUUCUUCUCGCUGAUUUUGUUCGGUGGCCCUGUGGCACCCCUUAUCGGGCAGCUUGGAAUGACUCCUUUGCUUGCUGCAGUUUAUGUCGGUGCUCUGCAGAACAUAUUCAGUAAGAGUGCAAAAUACAGUUUAUUUGAUCCUUGCAAAGAAAUGGCUUAUAUCCCCUUGGACGAGGAAACAAAGCUUAAAGGGAAAGCAGCCAUUGAUGUUGUCUGCAACCCAUUGGGGAAAUCCGGAGGAGCUUUGAUUCAACAAUUCAUGAUCUUGACAUUCGGGUCACUUGCAAAUUCAACUCCCUACCUAGGUGGAAUUCUAUUGAUAAUUGUCCUUGCAUGGUUGGGGGCAGCGAAAUCGUUGGAUACUCAAUUCACUGCUUUGCGUCGUGAGGAAGAACUCGAGAAGGAGAUGGAAGAGAGGGCAAAUGUUAAGAUUCCAGUCGUGUCUCAAGAAGGAACUACUCUUUCCGUCGAAGUCGGAAAUGGGACUCUAGCAAAUGGAAUGAGUUCGUCAGGUGGAGACAAGUCCAGCAACAGCUCAUCCGAGUCUACAAAUCCCCGCAUCUAAGUAUAAUCUCUUAAACCUUACUUGAUGGGAUGAAAAGAAACCCAGGAUGAAUGGAAAUAAUCUGCUUGGUUAAAUUGGGGUAAUGUUUAGUAUUUGUGGAUAAGAAAUGAUCAGACCAUGAGGCAGGGUUUAGUUGCAGCUGAUUAUUUUAAAUCCCUUUGUUCCUUCUAGGGUUACAGAAUUCAGGAUUGUUUAAUUACUUAGAUUUACAAUUUGAUGGUUAAAAGUUUAAGUUUAAGUAGUUGUUCAAAUAAGAAUCGAAAAUUUUGACUUUAAAUCGAUAAAAUUCUUCCUCGUUUGUAUGGCUUGGAUAUACUAGAAAAACGUCAUUUCGUUUUG